AAAUUGUUGUAAUUUAAAAAAAUCAGCACUUUCAAAUAUUGAAUCCUAUGCGUAGCAGCAUUGUUUUGGUUGCUCACCAGAAGCUUAGAAGAAAUGAGACCAGGCUAACUUACUUGAGUAGAAAGUUUUACAGUCUGAGUGCUGCAGUAAAGGCUCUGCUAUGAGUACUCACCAAUCUAAUAAUAGUUGUGUAGCAUUUCUAGUAAUACAAUGACAAAACCUAACCAAUUGUGAUAAUAUUGCUUUGAAACUGUCCACUCUUGACAGCUGCUGUUAAAUGUUUUUGGACCUCACCUCUAAUUUUGCUCUCAGGGCUACCAUUGGAUUUUAUAAAGGGAAUAAAAAAGUGGGAAUUUGGUACAUUGUUUAACUGUAUAGCACUGAGUUGCUAUGGUUAUUCAGCUAUUGUGCCAAAAACAUUGGAACUGGUCCAGCAGCAGAAAACCCUACUAUGCAGGUGUCUGAACAAAGCUAAUGGUCCAAAAUCUAGAAAGGAACUAGCACGGGAUUCUUGAGGCUGGCACAAGGUUAAUUCUGUUGUUAAGACCUGGCUUAAGGUGGCAUUUCUUCUCCCUCUGCUCCUUCCUGCACAAUUCCACCUGGACCUUGCUAUUUCAAUUAUUUUUUCCAAAUGCAAAAACUGACCAGCUGCUUCUCUGUUCCCAGGCCGUCUUGGCUGGGAUGAAGGCCGUGACUCAUAUUUCCUGUGACGCUUUCCCUAUGGAUGGAUUUGGCUUGCUGCAAGAAGAGCUACCAGCAAGCAUUAGCCUGCAUUUCAUCUCAAUGUGGGUGUAACCCCGUGAAAAAGAAUAAAACGCAGCAUAUUAUGAAACGUUCAGUCCUCCGCAGAUCUGAGGACUUCAAGAAGUAGCAUCCUGUUAGGAUUACUCCUAUGAAGUCUAAUUUGUAUUCCACCCUUCCUCCAAGGAGCUUGGGUUUGGGGGAAGCAUCCGGUUUUUCCAAUUUUAUCCAGUGGCAAAUGAGCACCCCAGUAUGAUAUCUGGGCAAGAAACCAGACAGGAAAUUGAGAUGGAAGGAUUGCCACAAAACUGUUGCACUGGAAAACUGAGAUGGUGUAAAACAGGAAGGUAUUUUUAACAUUCUAUCCCAUCUGGACUACCCUCCAACAUUUUACAAAUGAAUAUCAGAAUAUGUGUGGCAACAUCAGAGUAUGGUUCAGAUGGCACAAGUUUUUUUUUAAUGAGGAAGAACAUACAAGCUAAGUAAGAUGCAGUAGCUUGCUUUUGCCUGAGCCUAUUGGGAAUGGAAAGUAAUAGGAACAGAACCAGAAGCUCACUAAAGUCAGAGGCGGAAAACUUGUAUGUUGCAUGUCCUCCAACAUUUCACAGAUGAAAGCCAGGAGAAAUGUGAAAGUAUGGAAAAGAUGGCAAAGGUUGUUAACAGAGUACUUCCUUAGGCGAUCCCUCAUCCAAGUAUGAUGGUCUUCCAAGUGUAGUGUCUUGACGGUGGACAUGUUGGUGACUGUAGUGCCCUAUUCUUGACCCGCAUGUUCUUCCCCAGUGAGGACAUCUGUUUCCAGGUGGAUGGCGGUCCUGGUCAGGGUUGGCUUGAUGUGCCGCCUUCUUGGCACGUUUCUCCCUUUCGCCUUCCAUUCAAACCGCUUCAAUUUCUACAGCACUGCUGGUCACAGCUGACCUCCAGCUAGAGCACUCAAGGGCCAGGGCUUCUCAGUUCUCAGUGUCUUUGCCACAGUUUUUAAGGUUAGCUUUAAGCCCAUCUUUAAAUCUCUUUUCCUGUCCACCAACAUCCCAUUUGGGGGGGGGGGGGGUUGGGAGACCCCUGUGUAUGAGUUUAUUUAAUGUGUGGAGGUCAGGGCACAACCUCUCAACAUACAGUCUUCACAGAGUGAGGGUCCCAACCAGUGGCAUAAUGAUGGUGGUUUCUCAAUCUAUUGCAGCCUUCUUCCGCCUUCACAGCCAUUGUAACAUGCACCAUGUUAUCUUCCGCCUGCCCCGCCGUUGAGGUCUUUCGGUCUUCGGGUUGUUCUUGGUGGUCUGGAUCCUCCCUUGCAGCCCCUCCUGGGAGUACACGACUCCGGUGGUUACGCCCGCAGGUUCAUUGGAACACACAAGCCCCUUCAUCACGAUAAGACUGUAGAUUGGAGGCAGACAAUCCAGAGCAAGCAGGGGUGUUUCCCACUUUCUUUUCUGCUGAUCUGACUCACUGCCUGGGUCCUCAGCCUUCAAUAAAAGUGCUUCUGCCUUGCAAAAUUGCUUCCUUGGCCAACCAGGACGCCAACGCUGCCAUUAACACCAUGCAACGGUGCUUCUUCUUACUGGUUGUCUUCUUGAGUCUUCAUGUCACAGGUGCGUUCCCAGUUCGUCUGAUUGGAGGCCCAAAUCUCUGUGCAGGACGAGUGGAAAUUUUCCACCAAGGCCAAUGGGGAACAGUGUGCGAUGAUGACUGGGACAUGCGGGAUGCGGCUGUGGUGUGCCGGGAGCUGGAUUGUGGAGAGGCUCUUUCAGCUCCCCAUGGGGCCUGGUUUGGGGAAGGACCUGGGCCCAUCUGGUUGAAUGAGGUGCGUUGUGCGGGCACCGAGUGGCACUUACACUCCUGCCACCACCUGGGCUUCCGAAAGCAUGUCUGUACCCAUGAAGAAGAUGCCAGCGUCAUCUGCUCAGAGCAGCGUUUCCCUCCUUUCACUUCUUUUCCUCCUCACACAACUUUCAGGAGGGGCAAAAUGGACGUAGGAACCACAGCAAGACCAGUGGUUUCUCCUACCCCUGCUCAGGGGGCUCCUGCUCUCCGUCUUGUAGGUGGCAGAAGCCAUUGUUCUGGCCGGGUGGAAGUCUUCCAUGAGGGACAGUGGGGGACAGUGUGUGAUGACAUGUGGGACCUUCUGGAUGUUGCAGUGGUCUGUCGGGAACUAGACUGUGGGGAGGCUCUGGCAGCACCAGGGGGUGCUUUUUUUGGUGAAGGGAAUAGUGUCAUCUGGCUGGAUGAUGUGCAGUGCCAAGGAGAAGAGCCUGCCCUGAAACAGUGCCAUACAAGUUCCUGGGGAACAAACAACUGCAGGCACAGUGAAGAUGCUGGUGCCGUGUGUUCAGGUGAAAUGCCACUUGCUAUGGUGGAAGAACAUGUGGCCAUGCUCACAAGGACAUUGGCACCUCAGCGAUUCCGAACUGUGGCCCCCAGGAGAAUCCCACGUCCCACUCGGCCUUCAAUAACCCAAGAAGAACCUGUGGCUAAUGAGGCGUCACACGCAGAAAAGAGGCUGAAGGGAAGUCUUUCAGAGAGAGUACUAAAUGGCCAAUGGCAGGUACGGCUGGUAGGAGGCCCCGGAUCCUGUGCUGGUCGAGUAGAAGUUCUAUAUAAAGACCACUGGGGAACGGUGUGUGAUGAUGGCUGGGAUCUGGUAGAUGCAGCUGUGGUGUGCCGUGAGUUGGGCUGUGGAGCUCCUCUUCUCAGUCCGGGCAAUGCACGUUAUGGGCCUGGUUCUGGACCAAUCUGGUUGGAUGACGUCAACUGCACUGGGUCAGAGUUCACUCUACGGCGCUGCCGUUCUCAGCCCUGGGGCAAGCAUAACUGCAAUCACCACGAGGAUGCUUCUGUUAUCUGCACAGGGAAGUGGAAACGUUUGUCAUUACUAAAGCCAUCCAGUGAUUCAGCUAAAUCAACCACCACCAUUUCUACAACUACUGCAACCACCACCAUCACCCCUACUACUACUAUUACUACUACUGCACAAAACAUUAGGCCUGUAGAUGGACCAGAGUUGCAAAGCACCUUGGAUGUACCUGAGACUACCAGAACCACUCAGACUUUUCUAGAUGAAUUGGAAAAAGAGACAUUACAAUCAUGGCACACUGAUAACCCUUUGAGGCCCAUACAAAAUGAGGAGCUUGAACUAGAACAAAAUACAAUGGUAACAAGCCCCACAGACACAGCUGAAAUAACCCCUAGUACAGAAAUAGUACUGUUGUCUGUCCAAGAAAUGGAAUCAACCAGUACCCCUGAGAGAAGGCCAACUACAUACAAAUGGGUGAAGGAGGCCACAGAUGAAACUACACCCGAUCUAGAAAUCCUGCAGCGUGUUCAGAAGACGUCUUCAACCAAGAUUUCAAAGACAAAAUCCUACAUGAACAAAUGGAAACAAGAGCCAAAUUAUGUCUCAACAGAAACCCAGCCAUCCUCAAACAUGCUGGAUUUGGAAUCUAAAAGAGAAAGAGAGAUGCAUAAAACUAUAGUUGAUCUACAGACCUUGCAGAAUGGUCAAGGAAUAGAAUCAGUCAGCUCCCCAAAGAACAUAUCUCCACACAAAUGGGAACAAAAGGCAACCUAUGCUACAACAGUGUCUCAGCCACCUUCGACCAUAUUGGAUUUUGAAUCUAAAAGAGACACAAUAACCCAUACGCCCAUGAAUACUACCACACCUGAUUUAGAAAUUUUGCAGAAUGGCCAAGAGAUGGAAUUAACCAGCUCCCCAAAGAGCACAACUCCACACAUAUGGGAACAACACUCAACUUACGCUACAACAACAUCUCAACUAUCUUCAACCAUGGUGGAUAUGGAAUCUAAAAGAGACACAACAACUCAUAUGGUCAUGGAUAGAACUGUCACUGACCUAGAAAUUCUAAAGAACGGUGAAGAGAUGGAAUCAUCCAGCUCACCAAAGACAAUAUCAUCCCCACACGAAUGGCAACUAAAGCCCACUUCUUCUUCCACUGAGUUCUUGUCACCCUUUGUCAUAGAGGAUCUGGAAUCUGAGACAGAAGCUGAGUCAACCACUCCAUCAGAAAUGGAUCUGCCCACAGUAACAGAUACUGAUAAUCCUGCAACAGACAUGGAGCCUCCCAUACAUUGGAGCAACAUGUCUAAAGUGCCUCACAUCACACAAGACGUAGAACCCAUCAAUGCUGUAGCCGAAGCUCAACCUACCACAUGGAUAAAAGAUAGGGAGGCAACUGAUAAUUUAGGAAAAGAACUGAUUCAGUUCUCAAAGAGAUUAGAGGCUACAAUGGCAAUAGAACUGCCAACAGCCACAGAGAACAUGCAACCUGUACAGCACAUGGAAACAACUUACCCCAAAGUCCCAGACUCUAAAGAGAAUACCAGUCAGAAGCAACAAGAGGGAUCAAAUAAAAAUCUGCAUGCCAUACAGCCAACAGAGUUCACUCCCAGUGAUGUGACAUCUUUGGAUGAAACGGAUGCUCACAAUACAACCAAAUGGCCCCAAAGUCCAGUGUCACACACAGUCUCACCAGGUGGACAAACUGAAGAUGGUUUGGAGAGCUCAGGGGAUACAGAAAGAGAAACAAACUUCACGGAUAUUGUCUCAACACCAAGCAUGACUAAAGCACUGAGGCUGGAUAUUUCAUCUGAUGAGGCUGUUGCUAGUUCUGCUAAACUAAGUGAAUCACCCUCUGGCUGCCCUAUUAGGCAGGAGCAAAAACAAGAACACCAAGACUUCUGCUGUUCAUCACCUGCAGUGAGGAACUUGGUCCAAGCCAUGGAAGGCCUCCGUGGGGAUCUGGGCUCCCUCUCCACCACCAUUCAACAUCAGGGUUCCCAAAUGGAAGCAGUUGCUUUUAGUCUAGCUGAGCUGGCAGCUUCGGUGCGAUAUUUGGUGCAGGCACUGCCUACCCUCAGACUGCAGCCCUCAGUCCAGUCCCCCUCUGCUCCACAUAGGCAGGAUGAGGAUCAGAGGUAAAACCAGCUACCCUUAAAAUGAAAAGUGCUCUUCCUGGAACACAAGGAAGUUGAUGCCAAGUCCAGGUAGAGUUGGAAGGGACCAAAAUGCUAUCUGGUCAAACUCUGCUGGGAAAUGGACCAAGAUCAACCCAUGCAAUUGUAAUAGAUAUGUGAUAAACAGAGAUCACAAACAUUGCAGAAAAAAUUGUAGAGGAGCGUGGUCCAGUCAUGGUUAUGGCCAAUUUAUUAUAACCUAGAGGUGCUAUUGGGUGAGAUAGGGUGAUUUGAAGACCUGAGAAAUACGGUAUAUUUCCACCAAAAGAUGCAUUUCCUGAGAUAUACAAGAACAAUUAAUUAUUUCAGAUGACUCUUUCCAAUGUGUAUCAAAUGCCUUUCUUGUUCAGAAUGUUCUCAAAUUAAAGGAGCUGGUGGAAAAUUAAAUUAGCUGUGGCAAUAUUUGACAUGCAGAAUGAAUUAUGACUGGCUAUUGAUUGUCCUAAGAUAAAUUUUCAGAUAGAUGACUGGAUUGUUUACUUGAACAAGUAUUAACUACAUCAUGACUAAUCAGUUUUUUCUACUAAAAAAUCUUAAAACUGAAUGGAAGGAGUAACAGAUUUUUCAAAUCUGAAUAUUCCCUCUUUAUUUUUUCUGACAGGUCAGAUACUCUUUCUAUGUAAUAAAAUGGGGUGUACAUAGUUUGAUUUUAUUUCUUUGUAAAAACAAAAUAGCCAAAGAGAUAAGGAAUUGAUGUUUUCUUCAGUCUGGAUAUUGGUUUGGAACGAGUAACAAGGAUAAUUCUCUUUGGUAAUGUAUACAGCAUCUGAGUCCAUGCCAAACAAUAAAGUACUUUUAUAGCA